GCUCUGCUUCUCCAAUUUGUCCUAGCAGUGCAGUUUUUACUCCUUUGAGCGAGCGCGCACACAGACACACACACACACACGCGCGCACGCAUUAAACUCUGUAACUUCCUGGUCUUGUCUUGAACAGAUCUGGAAAUAGCUGGACUUCCUCCUAUUGCUGAAACCCGUUGUGUGCUCCGCUCUGCUGUUCACUUCUCUCAGGCUGGUGACGAGAGCUCAGGGACAAGCCCUUUCUGUUUGGUUUUGACUGACUUGUAGUAAACUUUUGGUGUAGGCACCAGCUAAAGAGUUUUGUGGUAAAAUCUGGUCAGGUUUCUGAGAAGUGAACAAAAGCAAGAAUGGACACAGUGUGAAGGUAAUCUCCACUUAAUCCCACAAAGGAUCUGAAAAGGUGGAAUUUGUCCAAGCGAAAACCUCUCGGUGGUCAUUCUGGGCUGAACUCUUGGCAGAGAAGGAAGGGUUUGUGGCACAAGCAGAGCGCUCCGGGAGUCCCAUUCAUUCAGCACAAUGGGUUUUGGUCAGGAUCUAUGGUGCACCCAAGGUCACGCCGCGUUACUCCGUCUUCAAGACUCUGAGCUGCGCCUCAUGGAGGUUAUGAAGAAAUGGAUAACUCAGCGGGCCAAGAGCGACCGAGAGUACUCUGCACAGCUGCACCAGAUGUGUGCACAUGUUGAAAAGCAGGAAGCAGCCAUGCAGAAUAUGGGCCUGGACUACAUCAGCCAUCUGAACAAGACCUGGAACACCAUGGUAAAUCAGACUGAGACCUUGAGCCGCAUCCUCCGAAAGCAUUCAGAAGAUCUGACCUCUGGCCCCUUGAGCAAGCUGAGUCUUCUCAUUCGGGACAAGCAGCAGCUGCGCAAGAACUACAGCGAGCAGUGGAAUCAACUCAAUCAGGACUUUGUUCGGGUAACACAGGCAGAACUGGAAAAGCUCAAAUGUCAGUACCGGCAACAGGCCAAGGAGGUGAUCCUAGCUAAGAAGAAGUACCAAGAAGCCAGCAAGGAUAAAGAUCGAGAGAAAGCAAAAGAGCGAUACAUGAAGUCCACCUGGAAACUACAAGACAUUCACAAUGAGUAUGUGCUGUCAGUGAAAGCAGCAGAGACCCACCAUGAUCAUUAUUACAACCAAUCCCUGCCUGCGCUGCUUGAUGCCUUACAGAAUCUUCAAGAGGAGAUGCUACAGAUUUUGAAGGAGAUUCUGCAAGAGUACUUUGACCUCUCCAGCCUGAUUCAACAGGAAGUGGUCGCUGUACAUCAAGAGAUAGCAAACUCCAUCGAGGCAAUCCAACCAAAGCAGGAGUAUAAAAGCUUCAUCCAACAGAACAGGUCUGUUGCAGAGGUGCCGCCCGUUGUGACAUUUGAUGCAAGCCUAGUAGAAGAUACUGAAAGACUUCAAGUUGGAGAAAUUGAGCUGAAUGAGCUCACCCUGGAAACAAUACAGCACAAGCUUACAGGAGUUGAAGAAGAGCUGGUAAAUAUUAACAGCAUGCUGAACACCCAGCAGGCAACAGUCAACCAGCUGGAACAGGAACUACAAAAUGAAGAUAAGAGUGCCAACUUUGGGCAGAGGGUGUACCUAUUCAGCAAGAGAAGUGCCCUGCAGGAUGGAAGGCAGCAAAUCAUGGUUACCCAUGGGCUUCGUCUGAAGCUUGAGGCUCAGCGGGCAAAACUGUCUGAAAAACUCAAUGAACUUGGAAAGAGAGAUCCACCUCCCGCCAUCAAGCUAGAUGAUGAUUUGCAGUCCAACUCAUCGAUCGAACGUGACAGAGACAGCAGCAAAGGCCUGAGUCUGGAGACCCUCAAGAGUCACAUCACUGGGAUCUUCAAACCCAAAUACUCGGUACCCCCUCCACUGCCACUUAUUCCGGAGGUUCAGAAACCAUUGAGUGAACAAACCUGGUACCAUGGAGCCAUUCCCCGAUUGGAGGUGCAAGAGUUACUGACAAAUGAUGGUGACUUUCUGGUGCGCGAAAGUCAAGGCAAGCAGGAGUAUGUGCUGUCUGUGUACUGGACAGGCCAGUGCCGCCAUUUCAUCAUUCAGAGCGCUGAUAAUAUGUACCGUCUCGAUGGUGAUUUGUUCCCAACGAUUCCAUUGCUCGUAGACCACCUUCUCACCUCUGGUCAGAGUGUCACUAAGAAGACAGAGAUUGUUUUGAAAAAGCCAAUUGUUAAGGACAAGUGGGUGCUAGACCACGAUGAUGUCAUAUUGGGAGAACACAUAGGGCGGGGGAACUUUGGAGAAGUGUACAGUGGACGUUUGCGGUCUGACAACACCCCUGUUGCAGUGAAGACAUGUCGAGAGAAUCUGGCUCCAGACCUCAAAAACAAAUUCCUGAUGGAAGCAAGGAUCCUCAAGCAGUAUGACCAUCCCAACAUUGUAAAGCUUAUUGGUGUGUGCACACAGAAGCAGCCCAUCUACAUUGUCAUGGAGCUGGUGCAAGGUGGUGAUUUCCUUACUUAUUUAAGAAGUGAUGGACAACGUCUGAAGGUGAAGGAUCUUAUAAAGAUGGCUGAACAUGCAGCUGCUGGCAUGGAGUACCUUGAGAGUAAGAAGUGCAUCCACCGGGACUUGGCAGCAAGGAACUGUUUGGUGACAGAAAGAAAUGUUGUGAAAAUAAGUGAUUUUGGGAUGUCCCGCGAGGAGGAGGAUGGAGUCUACUCAGCUACAGGAGGCAUGAAGCAGAUCCCAGUCAAAUGGACUGCUCCAGAGGCCCUGAAUUAUGGACGCUACACCACAGAGAGUGAUGUCUGGAGUUUUGGGAUCCUGUUAUGGGAGACUUUCUCCAGGGGUUUGACCCCUUACACCUCCAUAUCUAAUCAGCAGACAAGAGAAGAAAUCGAGCAGGGUUAUCGUAUGCCAGCCCCAGAUGGUUGCCCUGCAGAUAUUUACAACCUUAUGUGUCGCUGCUGGGAGUACGAGCCCCGGAAGAGGCCCACGUUCGCCAUGAUUCACAAGGAGUUGUCCAACAUCCACCGCAGAACUAGAUGAGCAGCCAUCGACACCACUGGCAUUCUGUGGUACCUAAUAAACAGCGGGAGGGUUUUCAAAAGCUCACAGCGUGACAAUCAACCGGUUUCAUGAAAAAUACUUUUCUCCUCUCUGAAUAUGGUACGAGUAAAAUGUCAUAUAAGCUUGUUUUGUGUUGAAGUGAACUUUUCCAACAACCAAACUUGGUUAGUGCUUGCAGCUUUUAGGGAUUUGUGGCCAAAGACAAUGUACUGUAAACAUUUAUAAUAGUUAUGGCUUCAGAUAAUGUAAAUAACCUAAUAAAAGUUUAUCAAAGUGAAAAUAAACAUCAACUUCAUUUUAGUUAAA